GCUCGGUGAUGACGACGGAGCGGAAGUGACGUGUGCAUCUAUGCAAGGACCGGGUGUCUCCUCGCGGUUCGUGAAAUGAUUUAGCCGAACAGGGUGCAACCGUCGUUCUCCCCUGUCGUCGUCGAGGUUCCGCCAGAUUGACAGUAAAAACUCCCAGACUACCUCUUGAGUGAGACACCAUGGGUCGACUGGAUGAUGCCGCCAAACACAAAGUGGUGGAGCUGCGGAAGGCUGGUCUGAGUUUCCGAAAGAUCAAAGCUGUGCUAGAGCUGGAGAACAUCAAGGUGUCUGCCCAGGCCAUCUACCUGUUCCUGAGGGAGUUUCAGGGCAGGCCACCAGGGAGGGUCAGGCCCGUGGAGGCUGGGAGCAGCUCAUCACUAGCACAGGUUCAGCCUCGAGCAGCGGCAAUACAAGAGGGCUGGAGUAACAUCCAUCUCCAAAACAUUCUGCGGGAGGCACCUCACCAUACUGGCUUCACAGCAGCUGCAAACUUUACCAAAAAGUCUUCCACAAAUACAGACACUGGUGCAAAGCCAUCUAGGUCGGGGGAGAUCAGCGGAGGCAGCAGAGCAGAACAGCAACAGGAGGGAGAUAAGGAAGAAAAUGACAUCCAGAUCGUUAGUGUCACCUCUCUUGCACAGAAUAGCCAACAAAGAAGCUCCCAUUCCACUGUAACAAGGGCAGAGGCUGGCACACUGACAGCAUCAGGAGCAUUAAUGAGGAGGAGAGUCACACCUUCUCCAGCCACCAAUUCAAUGCUGGCAGCCCGGAAGAGGAUUUUGGAUAAAGCACUGUCACACAGGAUGAAGUCAUUCCACCAGGUGGCGUCAUUGUUGAGGAGAGAGCACAUGAGUGUCCAAGGUGCUGAUGUGAGAAGUACAAUGCCACAAGCACCUGAAACUUUUGAUCUGACCACUGAAAAGACUGGUAUGGAAGGUCAGCCUGGAGAGGGCAGUGCCCCCAGGCGUUUUCUCACCCAGAGACCAGGUCUGUCUGUCCGUUCCCCUCACACUCUCCCUCGAGUUGGCGUUCGUCUUCCUCACCGGUCGCCAUCACCUUUAACAUCCUCGGCUCCUGGGGUGGCUGUCAUCCGUCUCCAGACCCCUACCACCCGUAGUGAGGGAAACCCGAGCCCCCAGCAGGCAGUCCAGGAAGCCGGAGGGAGAGGUGGACUGCAGGAUCAGAUUCAAACCCUGAGCUCUGAGGUGCGCAGCUUGGGUCUGGCUGUGAAGAUGUUGGUGGAGCAGCAGUGCCGCCUGGAGAGGGAGCAGGCGCAGCAGACACACAUCCAGAAGCAGAUCCUCAGCACUCUACAGGGGUUUGCCUCCAAACUGGGAGGUUGUAGCAGUGUUCAACAGCAGCACAAUAAAACUCCGUCACCUGCAUUGUCUACGGCUUCUGCGUCGGCUUCCUUCAGCCAAGACACCUUCAACUUCAGUCAGGGCACGUACACACAGUGUAGCCAAACCCAGCCAAGCUACAACUCUUUAGAGGGUUUAGAAAAUGUCGAGACCUUUAAACUGCCAGGACUCAGCCCCUCAAGCAUGAACGGGUUUCCACCAUGUAGCAGUGCAGAGAACCUCCCACUCACUCACACUCCCCCUCACACACAACCGUAUGCAGCGGCUUACCCACAGCAAAACAGUCAGACACUCAUACCGCCCUUCACACAGUCCUUUGUCUCUUCAUACGGCCAGUCACAUUCUCAGACUUUCAGAGGAUCAGAGAGUAAAACAUCUGAUUUCCCGAGCAGCUGCUCAGUGAGGACUCUGCAGGACUGCAGCGUGUCCACCCAGCCACAGGAUCAACAGAUCAAUAUCAUUAAAGUGGAAGGACCUUAGAGGCCUUCAGAGUGUUGUGGGACCUUAAGGGCUUGGAUGUGCUUUUUCUUUUCUUUUUUUUUUAAUCUCGUUGUAAAACGUAUUUAUAACAGAUGCUUUUACAGUGAAAACAUAAUGUAGCAUUUCCUAAAUUAAUUUUGUGUACAAUUCCAGAGAAUACUCACAGCAAUAGAAAGAAGGAACUGCAGUGAUUUAGAAGUGUGUUCAUGACAUGUCUUUAUUAUAGGCAAUGAUUACAAAAGUAGAGAAAAUGUUGUGUGUAGGCACUUUGUCAUUGUUUUUAACAGCACUUCUUGUUUAUUUUGUAUCUAUUAUUUUUGUAUUUCUAGAACUGGCAUUACAAACUGUUAGCUUUCAUACCUCUUUGCUAACUGAUAAACAAAAUAAAGGAUUGGUUAUGAUCCAAAGCAUCUCCCACGUGUAA